AAAAAAAACAUGAAGCUCGAACAGCAGCCUAAAAAGCCAACCAAAAAACCAAAAGAACCCUCUCCUCUCCCCCUUUAAAGGCUCUCAUUUUUCUCUCUGUUUCCUUGUGGUUUUCUCUUGCUCUUGUUGUUGUUGUUCUUCUUCUUCUUCUCCUUGUAUCGCACAAUCUCAUCUUCACAGAUUCUUCCUCUUCUCGAUCCCCCAUCCCCCUUUACUGCAAUCAUGAGUGACGAGGGAGAAAAGACUUGCCCCCUUUGCGAGGAGGACAUGGAUUUGACUGAUCAGCAACUCAAGCCUUGCAAAUGUGGUUAUGAGAUAUGUGUUUGGUGUUGGCAUCACAUAAUGGAUAUGGCUGAGAAGGAUGAGACAGAGGGGCGGUGUCCAGCAUGUCGUAGCGCUUAUGAUAAAGAAAGGAUUGUAGGGAUGGCAGCUAAUUGUGAGAGGUUGGUUGCUGAAAUUAAUAUGGAGAGAAAGAUGAAGUCACAAAAGGCAAAGACUAAAUCAUCUGAAGGAAGGAAGCAACUGAGCAGUGUGCGGGUGAUUCAAAGGAAUCUUGUUUACAUAGUUGGGUUGCCGCUUAAUCUGGCAGAUGAAGAUCUUCUCCAGCAGCGAGAAUAUUUUGGUCAAUAUGGGAAAGUUCUUAAAGUAUCUAUGUCUCGGACUGCAGCUGGUGUCAUUCAGCAAUUUCCAAACAAUACAUGUAGUGUAUAUAUUACUUAUUCAAAGGAAGAGGAAGCAAUUCGUUGUAUCCAGUCUGUACAUGGGUUUGUCUUGGAUGGUAGACCAUUAAAGGCGUGCUUUGGUACAACGAAGUAUUGUCAUGCGUGGCUGAGAAAUGUGCCUUGCAGCAAUCCUGAUUGUCUAUAUUUGCAUGAGAUUGGUUCUCAAGAGGAUAGUUUCACAAAAGAUGAGAUUAUAUCAGCAUACACAAGGAGUAGGGUUCAACAAAUAACCGGUGCAACAAAUAAUAUGCAACGGCGUGCUGGGAAUAUGUUACCUCCGCCAGUGGAUGAUUAUUGCCCCAACAGUUCAGCAUCUGCAGCAAAACCUAUUGCUAAAAAUGCUCCAAAUAAUACAACAGUGAGCAUUCCUAAAGGUUCUCCUCCGAAUGGAAGCUCUGGUAGAUCUAUUGCUCUUCCUGCUGGAGCAUCAUGGGGAAUGCGUGCCUUAAACCAUCCACAAAUAGCUGGUUUAGCAUGUUCAAAUGGACCUUCUAAGCAGAAAUCUGAUGCGGUUAGCAGCACAUUGCCAUUUUCAUCUGCUGUGGCAAACACAAAUCAGGCUUCUACAUUACAUGGUGAUGUUAUAAAGAAGCCGUCUGAGGAAAUUCAUGCUAUGCAUAUGAAGGGUAAACCUGAUUUGUUAAAACCUUUAAAACAAAAUGCUGGUUUAGAUUGUCGAACUACUCCACUAGAGAAACCUACUUCACCUGACGUAGUUUCUGCUUCUAAAUCAUUGAGCAGCCAGUUAUCUUGUCCACCACCAUCCAAUUAUAAUGAUCAGUACACUAAUAUACCGUCAAAUGUUCCAAGCUCCACCUUUGACCAUGCUGAGCAGUCUUUUAUUUCCCCCAGUGAAAAAGAGGGGAAUAUUUCCUCUACCGAUGGGAAGAUACAGAGCUUGUGCUCGGAUAUGUCAGCACUGACCUUAGAUAGGAAUGUCUUGAAUGGGCUUUCCAGUGUAGUUAGACCAAGCAGUUCAGCUUCUGAUCAUGGAUCAAGCAGCUCACCUGGUAGUCAGGGGUUACAACAACGUUAUAUUGAUCAAUAUCGAGAACCUUUAAGUUCACCAGCUGCUGGGAGAACUGUGACAUCUCCCAAUGGGGUGUGUUUUUCAAAAGAGCAGUCUGAUUGGAAGACUGAUACACAAAAUCAAGCAAUGGCAAAUACAACUUCUGAAGUAGAGGAAGACAUAUUGUCUUUUGAUAAUCAAAGACUCAAGGAUCCUGAAGUCAUUAGCCAUUCCGGUUAUGUGCCAAAUUCACCAAGUUCGCUCCAUUUAUCAAAUCAUUCUCGGUCCCAUUCUUUGCCUCAUAAUGAAGGUUUAGGUGCCAUUAAUUUGAAUGCUGAUACUCUCUUUGUAGAUAAUAAAAUUAGUGACAGUUUACGUCCUCAUGGAUCUAGUGUUUCUUCUUUAUCUAAUGGAUUCCCUGAGAAGUAUAUAAGCAGUAGUAGUAUUGGUUCUGAUAAUACCACAGAAGGCUCCCUUCUCCUUCCAAAUGAAGGGAAAGGGAAGCAGAUGGGAAGAUUCCUUGGUUUUGCUGAGAGCAAUGCUGCUACAGAUACAGGAGAGAGCAGUAUAAUCUCAAACAUAUUGUCGCUAGAUUUUGAUACAUGGGAUGAAUCCCUAGCCUCACCUCAGAACUUGGCUAAGUUGUUUGGUGACACAGACAAGCAGCCCAGUUCUCUCAAAUUAUCUAGUUCCUGGAAAGGACAGAAUAACAAUCAGUCCAGAUUCUCAUUUGCGAGACAGGAGGAUUCUAAAUAUCAUCCAUUUGAUGUUGAGUCCUCAUUUAGUGUCUUUGGGCAAAUGCCAAGGGACCGUUCUUCCAGCCAAGAUUUUGCAGAAAGCAGGGAUCUCUAUCUUAAUAAGUUUGGAAUUUCUAAUGGUUUUUCUUCCAGUAACUUUGAGGAAUCUGACAAUUUUACCAGCAGUCCUUCAGUUUUCUCUUCUAAUAAGCUUUCUGCAGUGUCGAGAGCUCAAAUUUCAGCCCCACCUGGAUUCUCUGUUCCUAGCAGGGCACCACCUCCAGGCUUUUCUUCUCAUGAGAGAGCAGACCAUGCUUUUGACACCACAUCUGGAAUUCAUUUGAUGGACAAUUCCUCCCUGUUAAGAAAUUCUUAUCAGGCUCCGGCAAGUGGUGGUCUUGGUGGCUCUGGGGACAUAGAAUUUAUGGAUCCAGCAAUUUUGGCAGUUGGUAAGGGUAGACUUCAGGGAGGGCUUAACAAUUCAGGCUUAGACAUGAGAUCAAAUUUUCCACCACAGUUAGGUCCUUAUGAAAAUGAGGCCAGAUUUCAACUGUUGAUGCGGAGAUCUCUUUCUCCUCAUCAGAACCUAAGAUAUGAUGUUGGGGAUAGCUUUUCUUCUCUUAAUGACUCUUAUGGAAUUUCUUCUAGGCUAAUCGAUCAAUCACAAGUGAACAAUAUGUCCCCAUUCGCACAGUUGUCUCUUCAACAGGCAAGAAAUUCACAUAUGUCAAAUGGUCAUUGGGAUGGAUGGAAUGAGGUUCAGGGUGGAAACAGUCUCGGUGUGGCGGAGCUCCUCAGAAAUGAUAGAGUGGGAUAUAACAAGUUUUAUUCCAGUUAUGAAGAUUCAAAGUACAGGAUGCCUACUUCGGGGGAUCUGUAUAACAGAACAUUUGGGAUGUGAUUUGGUUUGUUGGAAUCGAGCUGUUGCUUAAUUGGCAAAUUCUAUGUUAAAGAAGUAGAAUGACUGUACUGUGUGCAAUUUUGAUUGCAUUUUGAGGAUGGAAUGUGACUUGUAACUGGUCUCCAUGGGCAGCCUCAUGAAGGAUCAAACUCCUGAUAAUUUGGGCCAAAAAGGCGCUGUCCGCAAACGAGCAGGUGAAGUGAGCCUUCUGCUACUCCGCAUGUAAUCUCCGCAGAGUGGUGUAUAUGAUCUCUAACUAGCUGCCGGGUUGAUCCUCCUGAAGCUGAAUGUGAAUGUUUUGCUAGUAAAUUACCCUUGAAAAGUAAAAUUUGGUGGUUGCUCUUUGCUCUUAACAACUACAUAGAAGAAUCUAAAUUGGAACCCAAUUUUACUUUUUUAUGUUUUUUGCCCUAUACUCCUACAGCUCACGGACAUCCUCAGAUAUUUAAUGAAUUUUUAAUUAAUAGAGUUAAAUUAAUUAUUUCGAGUUAGAAAAA